GUUUUCACGAUGACGGCGAUCAACACGUUUGUGGCCAUGUGGCGGUUCCUGCUGACCAUCGGUCCCUCGGCCAUGGUCAUCCUGCUCCUCAAUAAGGGAAUCCUCGAGCAGCGCUUGGAUAUUGUGGACGAACCGCAUCGGGUUCGUUCGAUACACAUCGAAGAACUGCGCAAAUCCUAUGACUUUAUUGUGAUUGGUGGUGGAUCGGCUGGUUGUGUUUUGGCCGCCAGACUCUCGGAGAAUCCCGAAUGGAGUGUCCUCCUCCUGGAGGCUGGCGGGGAUGAGCCCCUGCUCAUUGAUCUGCCCCAAUUGUAUCCGGUAUUCCAGCGAAGCCCCUGGGAUUGGAAAUACUCGACGGAGCCCUCGGAUCGCUAUUGCCUGGCCAUGGAGGAUCAGCGUUGCUUUUGGCCCAGGGGCAAAGUUCUUGGGGGCUGCAGCUCCAUCAAUGCCAUGAUGUAUAUACGCGGUAAUAGGCGGGACUACGAUCAGUGGGCGGCACUGGGUAAUCCUGGCUGGGAUUACGCCAAUAUCCUCCACUAUUUCCGAAAGACAGAGGACAUGCGAGUGCCCGGCUUUGAACACAAUCCCUAUCAUGGUCACGGUGGACCCAUCUCCGUGGAAAGAUAUAGAUUCACCUCACCCCUUUUGGACAUCUUCAUGAGGGCCGCCCAACAGCUGGGCAUGGUCCAUCCCGAUUUGGACUUCAAUGGUCGAUCCCAGACUGGAUUUGCCCCGCCCCAUGGAACACUGCGGGAUGGCCUGCGUUGCAGUGCCAAUAAGGGAUACAUUCGCCGGAGUUGGCAGCGUCCCAAUUUGGAUAUCGUGCUGAAAGCGUUUGUGGAGAAACUCCUGAUCGAUCCGCAAUCGCAUCGGGCCAUGGGAGUGGCCUUCGAAUACGGUCUGGCCAAGCAUGUGGUCCGGGCCAAAAGGGAGGUGAUCCUGUCGGCCGGCGCACUGGCCAGUCCGCAACUCCUGAUGGUCAGCGGAGUGGGGCCGAGGGAGCAACUGGAGCCACUGGGCAUCCAGGUGGUGCAGCACCUGCCCGGCGUGGGUGGCAAUCUCCAGGAUCACAUCUCCACCUCGGGAGCCACAUACACCUUCGACAGUGGCCUGGAUCGCCAUCUCUCCUUCAUUGUGCCCGAAAGGAUGAACGAAGAGGCGGUGGAGGAGUUCCUGCAAGGACACGAUAGUUUCUUCUAUGCCAUGCCCGUAAGCGAGGUGAUGGGCUUCUUCAGCACUCGCUAUCAGGAUCCCCGACUGGAUUGGCCCGAUGUCCAGCUGUUCAUGGGCAGCUAUAGUUAUGGAGCAGAUGGUGGAUUGGUCGGACGCAGGGGAGCCGCAAUCACAUUGGACAACUAUGCGGAGACAUUCGAGCCGGUGAUCUACCAAGACUCCUUUGUGAUAGCCCCCCUGGUGAUGCGUCCCCGCUCGCGGGGAUUCCUCCAGAUAGUCUCACCCGAUCCCAAGAUUCAUCCCCGCAUCCAUGCCAACUACUAUGACGAUCCGCACGACAUGGCCGUGAUGGUGGAGGGCCUGAAGAUGGCCCAUCGUCUGACCCAAACGCCGGUGAUGCAAUCCCUGAACGCCACGAUGAACAUCUACGAGUGGCGCAAUUGUCCGGAGGUGGAAUACCUAAGCGAUGCCUUUUGGGAGUGUUUGGCUAGAUUCUAUUCGCAGACGAUAUACCAUCCGGUGGGCACCUGCAAGAUGGCCCCCGUUUCCGAUCCCGCCGGCGUUGUGGAUCCCCGGCUGAGGGUGAGGGGAAUGCGGGGACUGCGGGUGAUCGAUGCCAGCAUUAUGCCCACCAUUCCCACGGGCAACACGAAUGCCCCGACUUUGAUGCUGGCGGAAAGGGGAGCGGACAUGAUCAAGGAGGAUUGGCGUCACUAUCGCGAUGGCGGGUGGAGUUAAGUGCCCAAUAAUAUCCAACCAUUUGCACCAUAAUUUAACAACAAUAAAAUAAUUUCUAUACUGAA